GUCAAUUCAUUCAUUUGUUUACAUGAUAGAGUAGAUACCUAUUAUAUAUAUACCUACUAUAUACAUACAUGCACGUGCACAUAUAUAUGUGUACAUAUAUUUAGAAUUUGAUAUGAAAAGGUUACGUCAAGGAAGAUUUAUAUAGAUUUAAAAAAGUUUGGUAUUUUUAAAAUUUUGCAAUAACACUGAAUUUUUAACAAUUAUAAAUAUACUGUAUGUACUAUAAUACUGUAUAGUUAGGUAUAUAAGUACAUAACAUUGUUCUGAAUUUUCAAGGAGUUACGAAUCUGACAAGUUACGUUAUGGAUUUUCGAGGAGUUAGCUGGCAGGAAUACUACGAAAUUUAUGCUUCUUCUUAUCUCAUGGGGGUGUUCCAAAGGAUCCAGAUAGAUCGUUACGUUCAUAGAUAUGCUUCUGUAUGCGACCAUUCGCUGCGACUUACACUAGUAGUACCUGAAAUGUCUCAAGUGGGACGGUCGAUGUCUGAUGGCGCGAGCUGGAACGCAGCGCUGGAGAAAUCCUGCUCCAGAAGGUGACGAUGUACAACGAUCGAUCGAGUUACUGGACAAAGUGCUCUCAGAGUACGACGAGCACGAGGCAGAAAGCGAAGUCGGCAGUGGUGGCGGCAGUGGCGGUGGCGGUGGCGGCGGCGGUGGCAGUGGCGGUGGAGGUGGCGGUGGCGGUGACGACGGUAGCGGAGGUGGCACCAGUGGAGGUGGUGCUGGUGGAAACGAAGUCGUUGGCGACGGAAGAGGUGAGGGUAUCGUCGGCGGUUUCCUCGGAGGUUGUGGUAGCAGUACGGAACCCAGUAUUGGUCUUACACCCGACGACGAGAGUCCGUCUUUAGGACAUCAAUCGGAAGAUGACGGUUACAUGAGUAUGAAUGGACGGAAAGCGAAAAUGGCGUUGGUAGCAUUACGUCCGGUUCCGGAUUGCCCGGAACCACAAGACUCGGCGGGAUUACCAUCACAGGAAUUUCCUCCGCCCCCUGAAGAGGCAGAACGCAUCAUUUCGACUCUUUUACCUAUAGUCUCCCCCGGAAACUCGUCAAAGAGAACGAGCCAAUCGUCAGAACGGCGAAGCAACCGACAGCAGUGGAUGAUAGCAAUGGAGGAUAGCAUGCGGCACGGAAACGCGGUUACCACACAAACGACUCUUCCCAAGACCCGGCAUCAAAGGCCGUACGGAUGGAAGAACGGUAACGCUGAAAUGGGCCGAAUAAAACGUGAAUCUAGCUCGAGUCCACCGAGCAAGUUCGCGAGCUUACCGUAUGAUGGUAAGGUCUCUUUCAAUUGGAUCCCACCGCGGACGAAUCCAUGCACUAUCGAGAAGCAUCGCGAAGUAAGACGUCGUUCCUCGGAGGAACAUCUCGAGAGGGAUCGUCGUCGAAAAAACGCCGACAAGGAUCGGACAUCUCAUUUGCGAAAACAGAGGCAAAACGAGAUUAUGAAAUCGAGUAGCGUCGAGGAUAGAUUACUGAUGAAUCAUAAUUACAGUCACAAUCGUAAUCAUAGAGGAGGAGAGGGAGUUGCCAGCAGUAUCGGUGGUGGUAGCAAUGGUGGUGAUGGCAGCGGCGACGGCGGAGGAGGGCAAGAUAUUGGAGCAAGACGACGAAGAAACGACUCGGACUCAAGCGAGGGUAGAUUUUCGAGAAACUCGGAGUCCGAAAGAUCCUCGAUACCUCGCUCGAGCUCAGUCAGCGUUGAAAGGUUCUCCAUGAGGGCAAACUGCGACUCCUCGGACUUUUCUAGGGCCAACUCGACCUCGAACGAAAGAUUCCAUUCGGACUUCUCGAUAGCCGUAGCCAGUGCUAGCUCAAACGACCACGUGUCCAUACCCACCUCCGAUCCUUUUUCUAUUAGAAAUCUCGACUUUGUGUCAUUUUCAUUGCCACGAGCAGAUUCGAACGAAAGAUUCUCAGGACGCACAUCCGACAGAUGCUCAGAAGAACGUUACUCCGAUAUGUUCUCGACGAGGAAUUCGGACUUUUCCACGAGAAAUUCGACCGAUUUUCGGACUCAGUCCGAGGAAGAACGCUUUUCAGACGAUUCCUUGGAGGAACUCUUACCUCCACCACCAUCCAUCAGCAAGAGACACUCGAUCGCUUGGGAAGUCUCGCUCGAAGACGACCCUCUUUAUGCACCUGGUAGCACCAAGGUCGUCGGUAGGAGACGUCGAAAGAGCAGCGACGUUUCUAGCGUCGGAUCGGCGUCGAAAUUUCGUGAUUUUGAUGACUGGCAAGAUCCACGGCUCUCGACGACAGACGACGAUCUGGUUUCGCCAUACUCGGACUCCUCAACGAACGAUUUCGAUCAGAUUCGUCCGCAAAAUCUGACCAAAAACGGUACUUACGUAAUACGACGAGGUCGUAAAAAGGAACGAAAGGUCCUACCGAAGACAGCGACGAAAACGAAGAGCCUGUCCUUUGAAAACGCCGACGACAAUCGACUGUCGGACGUGAAAAGAUAUUCGAGUACAUUUGACAACAUAAAAAGUCUCCUGAAAGAGAAUAAGCUGGAUACUAGAAAAAGACGAUCGUCGGAGGACAAAUCAGAGAAUCUCGUCGAAUUACCAAGUGAAUUUGCAGAAAUCAUCCCACCUCCGGAUCUCAUCAGAGUUGUUUCCCUUCUGACCAUAAACAACGACAAUAAUAACAAUACCAGCAGCAACGACGAGGAGGAAGAGGAAGAAGAAGACGAGGACGAGAACAACGAUCGAGCAGCUCAUCUCAACAUAAUGAUCGAAGAGGAAGAAACGUCAGAAAAAUUAUUCAGCAAAAUGAAAGAACGCCCGAUGGGUGAAAUUUCUCGCGAAAAGCUACCAUCAAAUUUUUCGAUAAAUAAAGAUUCAACGGAUUUGGACAUUGAUAGAGAUAGAGAAUGCAACGGUGGUAUUCCACUUUCUAUUUCGGCGUCGAAAGCUUUAGAUAUCGGUAAGCCAAUCGAUUUUCUCCUCGAAGAACGAUCAAAGAAACUCAUGAGUUCGAGCAAUGAACGGCUGUCCUCUAAAAUACCCGUUAAUCUUUUGAUCGAAGAUCAAAUCGUGAAAAAGGCUCUUAACGAGAAUCGUAGACAAUUGGAAAAGGUCAGCGACGCCAUAAAAGAGAUCGAAAACGUUAAGAACAGCGAGUCCUAUUGCGAGAGCAAGCGAUGGAAAAAUGGCGACAUUAGAGCUUCUUCCAGAAGAAACAGUUACGAAAACGAUUCUAUCGAAAAAACGAAUCGGAAGACGCUAGGCAGUCCGUAUGAACCGAGAAACAGAAAACAACAGAGUUCCGAUUCGGAAACUUCCAAGAUGAGCUCCGAGAAUGAUUUUGAUCGAAGAAAAGCAAAUGGAACGGACAUUUACGCGUCCGGUAGGAGGUUGAGACAAAAUGGCAUUGAAAGUCACAAAAAUAAUCAGAAACAAAUCGAGCACGUAAUCGACGCCAUACUCGAGGACUCAAAAAAUCCUAACUUUCAGGUCAACGUUGAAGUGCUCGAGUUUCCACCAUUGCCGCCGUCACCGGUGGAGGAAGCGGACGAGGAAAACUCAGACGUUGGACAAAAUGCCGUAAUCAGCACUAGGUCGAAAAGUCACGGUAACAGAACAAUGGAAUAUAGACCACGGGUGCCACCGCAUCGCGGCCAAAUCGUCGAUGUCAAAGAUCAUCAAACGUCACUUAAUACAAGAUCAAUGGAUGCCGGAUUCUCUCGUGGUAGACGUACACCGACCGCCGGCAAUUCGAGAAGAGAGGUGCCGGUGGAGAGAAGGACCUUACCGACGGAUUUACCAGGACCGUCGUCAAGACGUCGUCCUUUCGCAAAGAGACACUCGCCCUCGGCAGAUGGUUGCUCCUCAAACGUUGCAGGCGCCAACGGCGAUAUCAACGGUAGUGCUAACGAUGGUGCCAAUGGCGGAACUAACAGCGGAACCACGACAAACGCCGUUGCGUCUAGCGGAACGGGUAUGCAAACUUCCUGCUCGCUACCAGAAACCCCAGUCUUUGCCAGAGGCAGCGAUAUUCCACGAACACCACAACAUGCCGGGAAUCAGGCACAAACACGCCGGCAACCCGGUUGGUAUGCCCCGACGACGGCGACCACUGGGUAUCGAAGGAACAAUCCUGGUCUGGAACAGGCGAUAAUUGGAACAGAAUUGCUCCGACUGGCGGGUGGACCAAAUCGAGGAUGGUAUCCAACGAGAAAAGUGAAUCAACCGCGACCUGCUUCGAUCGAGCAUCUUGAGCGGCUAAACAACGCUUACGACGCACGCUUACCGAGCGGUGCCGAUCAGAGGAAACCGUUAACCCUGCCGACGAACAUCACACCCAACAAAUACUUCGGCCAAAGUAAGCACAGCUCCGCGUCCAGCACUCGCGAGGCGCUACGGAGGGUCACUAGCUUGCUCAUCAAGAAAGGGAGUAGCAGUAAAGAUGGAAAAAGUGGUAAAGAUAACGCUUUACCUUCGGGUCCUUAUGCCGAGUAUAAUUUCUCUGUUAUAGCCGCGGAGAGUGGCGAGGCGCCAAAGAAGAAGGGCUUUUUCAAAGGUUUCUGGAAAAGAUCACGACAUUAUUCAUUGGAGAACCAAUAGCCCAGGUGUGGCAGGAUAAUCAGUGGCCGGCAACGACAGAGACAAGAUCAACAUCAGCAUCAGCAGCAAUAUUACCAGCAACGCGUUGCCACGAGAACUCUAGCUAGCAACCCCUGCUGUUGCAUCGUUCAAUAACUGCAACUCUUUCCUCCGUACGUCAUUUACACAAUACUCUCUCCAUCUAUACAUACGUAUGUCCGCGUCUGGUUUGCGUCUGCUACGAUCAUGACUAUCGAUCAGAAAAAAGAUACAAAGAGAGAGAGAGAAUCUAAACAAGUGAUCUCGUGUUUUUCACUAUUUUUAAUAUUCCCGAUCCGCGGAUGGCUGUAAAUGUUCUUUAUUUGGAUCAUGAUAUAAUCUAAAAUAUGCGCCCUUUCGCGGGUAAAUCAUUGCGGGAUGUAAAAGAACGGUGAAAAUACGGAGGAGAGCUGGAACGAAUCGCCCCGGACUGUUAUUACUUAUUAUUAUUAUUAUUAUUAUUAUUAUUAUUAUUAUUAUUAUUAUUAUUAUUAUUAUUAUUAUUAUUAUUAUUAUUAUUAUUAUCGAUGAGGAAAAUCAGCAGUGAUGAGUCGGAGAAUCACGCGAAUCGUGCCUUUUUUCUUUCUUUCGUACGUCGCUUCCACGAUGCGGACCAAUAGUGACGGAAAAAUGACUAAGCCAGUCACGUGAGAGGGAGGAGAAAAAGUUUAGUUCUUCAAAUGAAUAAAAAAAUAAGAUUGACUGUAGAAAUGAUUCUAUAAUUCACUCAAAGGAUUUGACAUACUUUGUCGUAGAUACCAAUCAGUUCGCGUCAUUGAAAGUCGACGAGUUAUGCCAAAUCAUAGAUGCGUACUUAGAAGUAUAAAAUUUAAUCGAUUCUUGCAUUAGAUUAAUCCCAUAACGCUUUAUCUCAUUUCUAAUUGUUUUUACCUUCGAAAAAAAGAUCCUUUAAACUUUCUUUUCCGUACAAAUGUUCGAUUGAACGAACAUAUUAAAUUAUAAGCUGAAGAGCGUGCGCUGACAAGUUUUUCAAUUUUUCUUGUAUUUUUUCUUUUAUAUGGUUCGAGACUCGAGCGCAUCGUAAGAAAUAAUAAACUAUUUAAUGUAGAGAGA